GGAGCCAAUGAAUCAAUUAACAUAUUCCCUGCCCACUGCCCAGUGAUUGACAGUUGUCAGUCAAUGUAUGACUCCUCCUCUCCCACCUUCCCUGUUUGUCACAUCAAACUAUUGGAGGUCUUACCUGAUCCCCCACCCAACACCACGUUUGUUGAGGCUGCUCAUCACUCCGACAUGGAUUGCAGCGCUUAUGAGAUGGACCCCCUGGAGGUUCCCCCUCUAACCCCAACCAGUAAGGAGGUUUUAUGCGAGGCCCUGAGCGCAACUUUUGCCGGUUUCACUCAGGAGAGGCUCACGCAUCGCUUCCCGCAAGACGUGACUUUAUGGUCCGAGUGGGAGGUGAACCACUGGCUGGACUGGUGCCGGGCCGAGUUUGGGCUGCAUUCGCUAGGGUCAGACCUGAAGGGCCUGCAGGGUCACGAGCUGUGUGGCCUUGACCGUGACGCGUUCCUGGGCCUCACGUCUGACUACACGGCUGGAGAGAUCCUGUGGGAGCACCUGGACAUCAUGAGACGUGAGAAUGACUGCAAUGCUGCACAGAUCGCGUGCACAGAAUCAUCUCUCUGCCAGCUUCAUAGCGUUAAAGACAAGCAAAGCUACCAAGUGGAGUACCUUGAGAGGACACAGCACAAUUCUGUGGAGGAAGCCCAGCAUCAAUACUAUCUGCUCAAAAGCCAACAUCCAAACAGGAACAAUCAGGCUUCUGAGACAGCAACAAACAGCGAGAGCGACUCCGAAGCAGAGACGUUUCCCAGCGGGAACUUGAUGUGGACCGGCACCGGGGUUCAGUGUGAAGACAUAUUCACUUUAGCACAUCCGUACAAAAGCUUCAAGGAGUAUGUGGGAGACAAGACCGAGGUGGGCAAUGCGGUGAUACCGGCAGCCAUCCUCGCUGGUUACACUGGAAGUGGUCCCAUUCAGCUGUGGCAGUUUUUACUGGAGCUGCUGACCGACCGCAGCUGUCAGUCGUGUAUCAGCUGGACAGGAGACGGCUGGGAGUUCAAGCUGACCGACCCGGAUGAGGUGGCGCUGCUGUGGGGUCGUAGGAAGCACAAGCCCAAGAUGAACUACGAGAAGCUGAGCCGCGGCCUGCGCUACUACUACGACAAGAACAUCAUCCGCAAGACGGCGGGCAAGCGCUACGUCUACCGCUUUGUAUGCAACCUGCAAGGGCUGCUGGGAUACGAGCCAGGCGAGUUGCACGCCAUGUUGGACAUCAGCGCCAAGGCCCGCUAACGAACACGUGAGCGCGAGCAGCAUUGUCACUUUACAUACACAUCAGCUAUGUGCACAUGGACACAUUUAAUCGGGUUAAGAGCCUAACCGGAAUUAAAAUGCUUCAUGUAAACAUGCCAUUCGGAAUAUUAUGACCCGAUCACGGACAUUCGAAUCAAAAUUUCAUUCUAAACGAGACGGGUGGUUUAUCCCGAAAGUCAUUCGGAUUGUAGCGCUUCAAAACACAUCUUCCGUUACUUUUUGUGCCACAGUGGUGUUCGGCGAUGGAUUCCUAUAACCUGCACUCAAUCCACUCGCUGCAUGUUCCUUUUGAUCAGAGGGAGAAGACACUUUGUCAGACACUCUUUUCAAUAUUCCACCUGUCACAUUUAUUUGCAUCAACACAAAGACAUAUACUUACAGAGCCUCUCUUGGUUGUUGUCGACACAACACCAACUUUUGCUGGAUCGUGUGUGGGCAAGCACUUCGACAGUCAAAUUUUGUUUCGGAUGACUUUCUCUGUCUCUUUAUUGAUGACUUUACAUGUCUCGUCUGAGCAUAGUGCUGACCAGUGAUUUAACCAAACAGAUUUGAUCAGUGACAAAGCAAAAUCCAUUACAGUCUAUUGAAGAACAAAAUUUGCCUGUCUAAUUUCUGUUUCCUCUAUACUGAUACUAGAUCAGGGGUGUCAAACUUAUGGCGGAUGAGUUUGUCAGGUAUAAAAAUGAGCCCAAAUGUUUUAAUUAAAGAAACCGCUGUUCUAAAUGUGUCCACUACAUGUCACAAUGGCAAUUCUUUGUAUCUUUGUAGAUGAUGCUACAUAUGUAAAAAACAACAACACUUGUUAGUGCACCAGUCAAGGAAAAUGAGCAAACUACAUAAAUAACAUCCUGUAAUUUGAUUUUGAUAUUUUUUUUUUAUCUUGAUAGAUUGAAAAUGAACACCAAUCAGUUGACUGAUGAACAUUAACACACAACUCAUUCAGAAAGUAUAAAUAACGACAAAUAAAGAUAGAAUACAAUUAACCGCAACAUGUAAGUGUAAAAAAACCUCAACAACAUUGUGAUUUGUAAAUUUUUAGAAUGUGCUUGUUCUAUUUUUAAACAAAGAAAACAAUCUGAAGUUGUCUUUACUUUCGAGUUAUCGUGCCGUGAUUGGACCGGCCUACUUGAGAGUAGAUUAUUGUCCAUGUGGCCCCUGAGCUAAAAUGAGUUUGACACCGCUGUACUAGA